UAGAAGUCAGAAGCAGACAAGUUUGCAUUCAACAAAAUGUUGUUAGUCGACUGCUCCGAAGGUCGUAUUGAAAUUUCUUCCUUAACAAUGCAUUCAUGAAAAACAUUGAGUUUGUUUACAGUUGUGUUGUGAGUCGUUUGGUGGGUUAGUAAAUAAAGAUGAUUUUGACAAAAAUGCUACCGAAACUGUGUUCCACCUCUCAAAUCAUAAAUCGGCUAGAAACCUCGUUGUUUAAUAAAGAUUUAGGAAUCAAAUUUCUGAGUACUAAAGAGAUCAUCGACAGGGAAAAGAAAUACGCUGCUCACAAUUAUCAUCCUUUACCUGUGGCUUUAUCUAGAGGAGAAGGUGUUUUUGUAUGGGACGUCAAGGGAAAACGAUAUUUUGAUUAUUUGAGUGGUUACUCAGCGAAUAAUUUCGGACAUUGUCAUCCAAAAAUUGUUCAAACUAUACAAAAGCAAGCACAAAUUUUGCAUCAUACUUCCAGGGCGUUUUACUCGGAUGUUUUUGGGGAAUAUGCACAGUUUGUGACUAAACUAUUUGGAUAUGACAAAGUUAUGCCAAUGAACACAGGUGUGGAGGCCGACGAUACCGCUUGCAAAAUCUCUCGUAAAUGGGGUUACAAAGUGAAAAAAAUCCCCAAAAAUGAAGCAAAGAUGAUUUUCGCUGUUGAUAAUUUCUGGGGGCGUUCUUUGGCUGCGGUUUCCGCUUCUACCGAUCCAUCGUCUUUCGAAGGUUAUGGUCCUUUUAUGCCAGGCUUCAGCUGCGUUCCUUAUAACGAUCUCAUUGCGUUAGAGAAAGCCCUUCAAGACCCUCUAGUCUGCGGAUUUAUGGUCGAACCCAUUCAAGGGGAGGCCGGAGUAGUUGUCCCAAGCGAAGGUUACCUAAAAGGCGUUCGAAAUUUGUGUACAAAAUAUAACGUCCUAUGGACGGCCGAUGAAAUCCAAACUGGAUUAGGAAGAACAGGAAAAAGACUAGCUGUUGACUACGAGGAUGUCAAACCGGAUAUUUUAGUCUUGGGCAAGGCUUUAGGAGGUGGUGUCUAUCCAGUAUCUGCGUGUUUGGCAAAUGAUCCCAUAAUGCUAGUCAUUGAACCCGGCACCCAUGGCUCCACUUUUGGUGGGAAUCCCCUAGGUUCCAAAGUAGCGAUAGCAGCCUUAGAAGUAUUAGAAGAAGAGAAUUUAGCUCAGAAUGCAUUUGAACUUGGGGAAAUUUUCCGAGUUCAGUUGCGAAAACGGUUAAGCAAGGAUGUUGUAAUUGAAGUGAGAGGAAGAGGAUUACUCAAUGCGAUAGUCAUAAAUAAAAAUUAUAUCGAAGCUUGGGAUGUCUGUCUGAAAAUGAAAGAAAACGGUCUGAUAGCGAAGCAUACUCAUGACAACAUCAUCAGAUUUGCGCCUCCGCUUAUAAUGACUAAAGAUCAACUGCAAGAAUCAAUUGAAAUUAUUGUUAAAACAAUUAACAGUAUUGAAACAAAGUAAAUGUUUUGUUAGACUUUAUUAUUUUUGUAUUAUCAUCAUUUUCUUAAUCGUGUAAUUUUACAAAAAUAAAUGUUUGUUUUUUA